AGAGCGGCAGUUAUGUUUUGUUGUUGGUAGUUGUCAGUACGAUGACACUGAUGACAACUAUUUAAUGAGCUGCAACAUCCUUUAACCAUUGAGUAAAAUCUUAUCUACUUUAUCUUUAGUUUAGCCAAUUAUAGCAUCAGGUAGCUGCUGCCAGAUUGUGCGCUGAUGGACUGAAAGUUAUGUGUCUGCAGUAACGUUAAAGCGCUGAAAAUGCAAGCGACAAGACCACAAGCUGCGAAACAGCUGUCUUGUGCUGUUGCAGAGAACCGAGCACGGAAGACAGUAACACGCAAACACACUUACCGGGUCGGAUAUACAUGGAACCGAGGUGGUAGACUUAAAGAGCUGAGGAUACGGCACCUUGCUCGGAAGUUUCUUUACUUGUGGAUAAGGAAGACAUUUGGACGAAAAACAACAUCACAAGCCAGAGCUCAUUAUUGUAAGAUCGUCCUGAAGAAGGUCUUCAGGUCUUGGAAAGAUGAAUGGUGGCAUUCAAGAAAGGAAUGGACACUUAAUAUAAGGGCCGAUUGCCAUUAUGCGUAUACGGUGUACAGCAAAACAUUUCAAGCCUUGCAGGAAUAUGUUGCUGUCCAGCGGGAAGAAAAGAAGAAACUUCAGCUUGCGGUCACUUUUGAGUCGGAGCACAAGCUGCGCUGUGUGUGGAAUGGCUGGGAGCUUUACCUGGACAUGUGUCGCAUGAAACGCAGGAUGCAAGAGGCAGCAGUACAGCACAAGAAACUCGCUGUGCAAAAAUGGGCUUGGACUGUGUGGAAUAUGGCACUACAGCGCAGAAAUGUGGAGUACCACCAAGAGGAUCUUGGCUUGCAACGUUGGGCACACAGUGUACAGAGCAGAGCAUGGCUGCACUGGAGGGACCGGAUGAAACAUGCUUGUGUUCUGAAAGAGAAGGAGUCCAAAGCUCAUCGUCAUUAUUGUAUUCAGUUGUUAAGGCAAACGGUGCAUGGUUGGAUCAGACAUACAGAAAACAGACAGGCUAAGAACAAGAAAAUAGCUGUUGCUCAAGACGUGUGGCGUCUCUCUGUGCUGGAGAAGUUUUGGUGGCAGUGGUUUGAAGUUCUGCAAUCCAGACGUGUUGAGAUAGACAGAGGACAGAGAGCAGACAGGCUGGCCCAGCACGGUUCCCAGCGGCUGGCCUUCUCCCACUGGAGACACUAUGUCAGUAUGUGCUCACAGAAGGCUAAGAGGGAAAUGAGUGCCAUGCAUCACAGACAACAGUAUCUUCUGCAUUUGGGAUUCAAUAGCUUUGCCCUAAAUGUCACUCAAAGUAAGACUCAUCGUCUCAACAAGAACAUUAGUGUCCAGCAUCAUCAUCACACUUUGCUGGCAAGGUGUUGGAAUGUCUGGCAAUUGCGUUUGGAUCAGGCAGAGGACGGACGUCUGCAGCCCCAGAUGAGUGUUGCACAAACCCAUCACAAAUUUUCUGUGCUGAGAUUUGGCCUUCAUCGUUGGAAAAAACGUCUUGCAGAACACAGAAAAUGUCAGGAACUGGAACUUCGUGCUGAUGCCUGCUUUGCCCAGCGUAUCUUCCCACAAUGUGUAAACACUUGGAUGGAGUUUACAGCACAACGCACAGAGAAACGAGAGCAGAAAGAGCGAGCUGAACAACAAUAUUGGCAGCAGACUUGUAGUUGGGCAUUUCAUACUUGGUGGAGAAACCUGGAGGCACAGAGAGAUCAGAGACUUGCUGAAAGAACCGCGGUGUUGCAUGCUGAGCAUGUGCGUUAUGUUCGUGUCUGGUCUAAGUGGUACAGUGGUGCUGUUCAGCGCAGAGAGGAGAGAUUGAAACAUUCAGCAGCCGACUCACUGUACAAACACACUCUGCUACAAAAGAACAUGAACCACUGGAGAAAUCAUAUCAUAAACAUACAGACCAGUCAGAGGCAUUUUGAGCAGGCAGAGGGUCAUCAUCAACAGAGAUGCCUGAAAAGAGCCAUGACAAACUGGCAUCAGUAUGUGGAUCGCCAAAGACUGAAGAAAGAGAGGAUGGCACACAUAGAGAAACAUUACCACAGCAAAUUGCUCAAACAUGCUCUUGAAGCUUGGAAGUCAUACCAUUUGCAGACACAGGCAAUCAGCCAACUGGUGGAGAACAGUUACCAGGAGCAUGAGCAGCACCUGGUCAGGAGAAUGUUCUGUUUAUGGAGGAUAAAUGUGUCACAGUUGGUGGAAGAGAGAGAAAAGGAAAACAGAGCAAAAUGUUUUUCUCAAAAGCACCUUGUAUCUCAGGUGUUUCUUGCAUGGCGACAGAGAACUGUAUCUGCACACCUUCACCAUCACCAAAAGAAAGAGGCCCUCAAACAAGCCCAAACACAACUGGAGAAAUUACGCAUACAGGUGGCUGUGAGAAAAUGGAAGGAGCGACGCAUUGAAGUAAAGAAAGAGAGAUUGGCAAACGAGAGGGCCAACAGACAUUUCAGCAAAACAUUGGUGGGAAAAACUCUCAGCAAUUGGACCAGCUUUAUUCACCAUCAUAAAACAUAUCAGGUGAUGAAGAAAAGAAGCUUUGACCUUCACAAAUCAAGGAUUUGUCAGCACUUUUUUAUCUGCUGGAAGACACAGCUGCAGAACAGAAGACGAGAGGCGGAGCAAACUGAGACUGCCCUUUGGCACUGGUCCCUCAACCUACAGGCCAAGGUGUUCUGCAUGUGGCGGAUCUGGAUUGCAGAGUGUCAGAGGAAACAGAAGCGUUUGACUGAGGCUGCUCAGUUUUAUAGAGAUGAACUGUUGCGAGAGGGCGUCACACACAUCCUCACACACACAGCACACAUGAGUGCUUUCUCCACUAAUAUUUCCCAGCACAACUAUGAACAGAGCUGUCGUCAGCUUCAGGAGGUGGUGAGGCGGUGCGCUCUUCGAUGGAAGCAGCGGGCGCUAUGCAGACCUGUCAAGGAUAAAUCAACAUUGUCUAAAGACAGUCAAGCCAAAAAAAGUGUGUCUUUUUUUCUGCCAGAAGACCACACCCCCAUCCCCACCCCCCGUCCAGUCAGGAUCCAAUCACCAGAGCAGAGGCAAAAAGAUUCUGUCAUCCAUCAGAUGUGGUCAGUUCGAGCAUCUAGACUGCAACCACGGAGACCAGGUGACCUUCUGGAGUCCCCAGCCAAACAUCCAUCACAUGACCUCAAGAUCAGCAGGGGUCAGAUGGUGUCUGUUUCAGAGACUGCAUUUCCUUCAGUCUCUUCCACCUUUUCUUCAGCACUGCAUUCAGUGCCUUUUACCCACAACCUUCUGGAUUCACCUGCAAUGGUGCUACAACCUAAAAUGCUGCUUCAAAAACCUGACUCUCCAGGAUAUAUCGCAACUACCAGUCAGGACAUACUACUUCCUCCAUCCUCAUUCACUGCCUCAACAGCGCAUGGCAAGCAAAAAUACUUGAGAGAUGGUGAGCCACUACUGCAUUCCAGUCAUUUCACUUCCCAAACUUUCCUAACACAAGGUUUGCAUGAGAGAUCACCAGAACAGGAAGAGGAGGAUGAAGAAGAGGAGGCUGUGGAUGUGGAGCAAACUGAAAAUCUCACCAAAGAACUAUUAGAUAUUAGACUGGAGAUGCAACGAUACCAGCAAGACAGAAAACAGCUACAGACAUGGCGCAAGCUUCAAAAGGUCUUAAGUAAUUGGCUUGAAACAACAGGCACUGAGGGGGAAACUGAGGAAAGAGAAAGCGUCUUAAAAGAGUUAACUGAGUUAGAGAGUCGGAUUUCUUCUCUAUCUAUGAAAAUAAAAAAGCAGAAACCCUCCAUGAUUCGCCAUGCUGCCAGAGUGAACACUGUCCAGAGCCAACUACUACCAUCUGAGUCAACUACAAACCUACCUACUAAGUAUGGAAUAUAAAGCUAGACUAUAUUGUACAACAUAUAAUCUGAAGUUUAUUAUCCUACAACUGUAACUCCUAUCCUCUUUUGGAAUCCAUGGGAAAAGCCAAAGUUUUGACUUUAUUGCACUUGUUAUUUAUUCAAAGACAUUGUUGUAAAUAUGUAGCCUAUUUCAUUUUUAAUAAAGCAU